GAAAAAGGAAAAUCUGGUAGAAAAACACUACUCUCUUUUUGAUCAUAGACGCAAAGUACAACUCGAUCUCUUUCUGUCUGCAAGAUCAAACAGUGCUAAAGCGAUGGACCUGAGAAUUUGAAGCGCUCUCUUUUUUGGACUGUGCGGCUUUUUGAAACGACGACGUUUGUUUCUUCGUGUUGAUUGGUUUGGGUUCGGCCAUGGCAGAUUCAUCGAAAGAAGAGCUGGUCCAGCUGAUCAAGCGCUUCGGGGCUUAUCUCACCGUCAAAAUUUCCAAUCUCCUUCCGAUCUCCCUUCAGAACCUGAAUUCACGAUCCUUCGGGGCUAUUGCGGGGCUUGCUGUUGCAAUAGUUUUCACUUGGAGGCUUUUGAGAUCACCUAGUCAACCUCAGAGAAGGCAACCCAAACGACAGGCUGGAACACCUAGUGGUUCUGGUGUCAGUGCCCAUUCAAAUGCAAAUUUGGUAGCUCCUGGAAUUCCUUCAUCCUUGGAGGAUUCAAGAGCACAUAAUGUUGUCGAUGAGUUCUUUCAGCCGGUGAAGCCAACUCUGGGGCAAAUUGUAAGGCAGAAAUUGAGUGAAGGAAGAAAGGUAACGUGUCGUUUGGUUGGAGUAAUUCUCGAGGAAAGUAGUCCAGAGGAGAUUCAGAAACAAGCAACUGUGAGGUCCUCUGUGCUGGAAGUACUGUUGGAAAUCACGAAAUUUUGUGAUCUUUACCUCAUGGAAAGAGUUUUGGAUGAUGAAAGUGAAAAAAAAGUUCUGCAAGCUUUGGAAGAUGCUGGGGUUUUCACAUCUGGUGGUUUGGUCAAAGACAAGGUUCUUUUCUGUAGUACAGAGAAUGGGCGGACAUCUUUUGUACGGCAAUUGGAACCAGAUUGGCAUAUUGACUCGAACCCUGAAAUCGUUACUCAGUUAGCUAGAUUCAUCAAAUACCAACUUCACAUAUCUCCUACCAGACCCGAACGCACCGCUCCGAACGUAUUUAGUGCCCCAACCUUGGAACAGUUCUUUGGAUGUGUUUGACUCUGAAGCCAGUAAAAAGAUGCAAGUAUAGUCUUAAACUCUUACUCUAGGUUGUCUUUUCUCCCUUUUGGAUUUUAUUCAUACCUCGAGUUUCUGCUCGUUACAGCUAGAUGUUCUUUGGAUUCUCUCAGUACCGUUAGUCAGACGAAAACCGGUAUUUCUCCAAUGUUUUGAGGGAGAAAAGCUUUCUUUGUUUGAAAUUUGUGUAAUAGAUUUGGUCACAUCCAAACUUGGUCAUGAGAGAUUUCAUCAAAUGUUUGGUGUUUGUGUUCUAUUACAAAUAAAUUUUGGCAUUCCGUGACAUUA